UGCUAUAGGAUGUCAUUAGAUUUGAUUGAGGACGGUUAUGAAACCUAUGGGGGAGAAAGUGGCGAGGAUGAUGGUGCCUUGGUUUAUUCUGAUCGAACCGAUUUUAUGCCACAUUCAGUCAAUUUGGUUACACUCUUUAUCAAUUUGUUACUGAAAGCAGACAAAGCUGUAGGGGUCCGAUUUUUUCAUUUAGCACUUGAACAAUUCAAGAGCAGAAAUAGGCAGUAUGGAAAUGCUGUUUGUCCGGAAUGUAAGCAGUCGUUUGUCAAUGCAGCUCGACUAGAGCGACAUCUAGCUGUUCAUCAGGUUUUUGGAGCUUAUCUAUGUCCUUUGUGCGGAAAGACAUACAAGUAUGAAUACAAUCUCUUUUUCCAUUGGCGCAAAACCUGUCAGUACCUUAACGAACUCGUGAAAGUGGACCAGCGGAAGGACAUGGAUGUCCAAUCAUUGCGACUUCUCGUGGAAGAAGUAGUAGCGAAAAGGAAUGAGAUCGAACCCGUAGACAUCGGAAUCUCCUCGAAAGCACUUUUUCCAGGCUCAUCCUCAAUACAGUUGGAAAUGCCUGUUGAUCCUCAAAGUAGGUCGCUUUUUGCUUUGCUUCAAACCAUAUCUUAA